UGUCAUGCGCAACCGCGACACCAAGCUCGUGAAGGACGCGCUCGCAGCCAGUGCGGCGGCUGCCGCUGUGCUCGCAGCACUCGGCCCGUCCACAUGCAGCCGUGCGCGCUUCUCGCCCUCGCUAGUCGAAAGCUGCCGCAGCCUGCGGUACGAGGUGCCGUACGAGCUGCGGCACGUGGCCGAUCCCUUUGUCGACCCUCUGUGCGACACGCUUGCCGAGGGCCACUGGGCCCUCUUUCUGAUCGUGAUCGCGAAUGUCGCCUGCUACCUGCCUGCGCUCGCAAACUCGGGGCGGUGGAGCAUCUCGCGGCAGUCCCUGAGUCACGAACGACUCCUCAUGUACCAGCUGGCUCACGCUAACCUGCCGCACAUCACGGGCAACAUGCUGACGCUACUCGCGGUCGGCUCCGAGGUCUCGGGCGCUCUCGGCUGCAACCAGCUCCUCCUGCUCGCCCUCUACCUCGCCUGCGGUUGGGCGGGCGGCUUCGCCGCCGCGCUGCUCUCCGACGCCCGCACCGUGGGCGCAUCCGGCUCCGUGUCGGGCGUGAUCGUGGCUCUGAGCGUCCUCCGCCCCACGUCUGCCGUGCACAUCCUUGGUGACGUCAACGCCUCCAACCCGCUGCUCCUCCUGCUCGGCACCCUCGGGGCCGACCUCUCGCGCGGUGGUGUCUCGUGGCAGGCACACCUCGGAGGCGGCGCCGCUGGAUGCGUGCUGGCGUGGCUGCUCACACUGGUUGGCUGACACUGUUUGGCUCGCAGUCGUCCGCCCGAAAGAGAGGCGACGGGAAAUACGUUUUUCGGCUACCGUGUGGGCACUGCUGCUG